AUGGCGGCCGCUACCAAAACCUUCUUCAAACCUCCUCUUUCUUCCGUCGCCAAAUCCCUAACUCCUUCAAUCCUCAACUCCCCGAAACUCAAUUACACACCACAUUCCUCGGCCAAGCGCCUGCCUUCACUAACCAUCAGAGCUUCCGCUGCCGCAUUUCCCUCCCCUUCCGACGGCGCAUCGCAGGCUAAGUCCCCCGAACAGUUCAGGGUCGAGAUCCUCUCCGAAUCCCUCCCCUUCAUCCAGCGAUUCAGGGGCAAAACAAUCGUCGUCAAGUACGGCGGCGCCGCCAUGAAAGACCCGAAGCUGCAGGCUUCCGUCGUCAGCGAUCUCGUCCUCCUCUCCUGCGUCGGCCUCCGCCCCGUCCUCGUCCACGGCGGCGGGCCCGAGAUCAACCGCUGGCUCAAGCAGCUCAACAUCGAGCCCCUCUUCCACGAUGGGCUCCGCGUCACCGACGCCGAGACGAUGGAGAUCGUCUCCAUGGUUCUGGUCGGGAAGGUCAACAAGGAUCUGGUCAACCUCAUGAACAAAGCCGGCGGCACCGCCGUCGGACUCUCUGGCAUGGACGGGCGGCUCCUCAUGGCACGGCCCAACCCUAACUCGGCCCAAUUGGGCUUCGUGGGCGACGUGGACCGGGUCGACCCGACAAUGCUCCACCCGCUCAUCAACAACGGUCAUAUCCCGGUGAUCGCCUCGGUGGCGGCGGACGAGGCUGGGCAGUCGUACAACAUCAAUGCCGACACGGUGGCGGGCGAGCUGGCGGCCGCACUUGGGGCUGAGAAGCUGAUCCUGCUCACCGACGUGGCGGGAAUACUGGAGUACCGCGAUGAUCCGAACAGCUUGGUGAAGGAGACGGACAUUGCAGGGGUGAAGAAGCUGAUUGCGGAGAAGAAGGUCGCCGGAGGGAUGAUCCCCAAGGUGAAUUGCUGCGUCAGGGCGAUAGAACAGGGAGUGAGCACGGCGAGCAUCAUCGACGGCAGAGUUCAGCACUCGCUCCUCCACGAGAUCAUGUCGGAAGAUGGGCUUGGAACCAUGAUCACUGCCUAA